AUGGCCACCGCUGUUAGAGAUUCAUCUUUGCCAAAGGAAUAUGGUGGAGUUUAUACUGUCACACUGAUUCCAGGUGACGGUAUUGGUAAAGAAAUUACCGAUUCCGUGAAGGCUAUUUUUAAGGCAGACAAUGUUCCAGUCAAAUGGGAAACCAUUGAGAUGUCCGGAUUGAAUGAGGACCAGGCCAGCACAAAAAAGCAGAUAGAUGAGGCUGUUAGAUCGUUGAAAAGAAACAAAGUUGGAUUAAAGGGAAUAACAUAUACACCAAGGGAUCAGUUUCACAGAUCUUUAAAUGUUGCUUUGAGAAAGGAAUUGGACAUUUAUGCCUCGUUGGUUCUCAUUAAGAACCUUCCUGGUGUUCCAAGCAAAAUGAAAGAUGUUGAUUUUGUUCUGGUGAGAGAGAACACAGAGGGUGAAUACUCUGGACUAGAGCACCAGUCGGUUCCAGGUGUUGUGGAAUCAUUAAAGAUUAUGACUAGGUAUAAGACGGAGAGAGUUGCAAGAUUUGCCUUUGAUUUUGCCAAGAGCAAUGGUAGAAAGCAGGUCACUGCCAUUCAUAAAGCUAACAUUAUGAAACUGGGUGAUGGCUUGUUUAGAAGAACUGUCAAGGAAAUUGGUGCUGCUGAAUAUCCGGAUAUAGAUGUGAAUGACUUGAUUGUUGAUAAUGCCUCAAUGCAAGCAGUUUCUCGUCCACAACAGUUUGAUGUCAUGGUUACACCAAACAUGUACGGUGCCAUUUUGUCCAAUAUUGGUGCAGCUUUAGUGGGAGGACCAGGAAUUGUUCCAGGUGGUAACUUUGGUCGUGAGUAUGCCGUCUUUGAGCCAGGUUGCAGGCAUGUUGGCUUGGAUAUAAAGGGUAAAAAUGAGGCUAACCCUACUGCUAUGAUUUUGUCAGCAGCCAUGAUGCUCAGACAUCUUGGACUUGAGGAACGUGCUGACAGAAUCAGCAAGGCUACAUAUGAUGUUUUGGCAGAACGUAAGGCCGUUACAAAAGAUAUAGGUGGAUCUGCUUCUACCACAGCGUUCACUCAAGCUGUUAUCGACAAACUUCAGUCAUUAUGA